UGGCGCCUUUUUAGCACUGGCAGCAUAUCGACAUUUUACAGCACUUUCAUCUGACACAAGAUCCAAGCCGCAGGAAAAUUAAAGGUAACAAUGUCGACUCUGGAUUUAUGCGAAAAGUAUUUUGAGACCCGUGAUGUGUACAAGCUAAUGGGCAUUGCAAAGGACGCUAAAGAGAAGGAGAUCAAAAAAGCAUACCAUAAGCUGUCGCUUCUGGUGCAUCCAGACAGAGUUCCCGACGCGCAAAAAGAGGAAUCCACGGAGAAGUUCAAAGUGCUCUCUAAAAUUUACCAGGUGCUCACCGACACCCAGAAGCGCGCGCUUUUUGACGAGCAGGGCAUCAUAGAUGACGACGAUGAGGGCAAGCUGACCAAUUGGCUAGACUUGUGGAGCAAGAUAUUCAAGCCGCUGUCAGAGGAGGAUAUUUCCAAUUAUGAAAAGGAAUAUGUUGGCUCCGAACUGGAGCGCACGGACAUUAAGAAGGCCUAUUUGGGCGGCAAAGGCUGUAUGAACUACAUUAUGAACCAUGUGCCGUUCAUGAAAGUCGAGGACGAGCCCCGUUUCAAGGAAAUUGUUGCCACCAUGAUAGCAGCCGACGAGGUGCCCGAGUAUAAGAUAUUCACCGAGGAGCCAGCCGCCAAGCGUAAUAAACGCCACAGGAAAUAUGCACGGGAAUCGAAGGAGGCCACAAUCAUUAAGGAGCGCAUCCAGCGCCGUCGCGAGAAGGACGCUGAAGCGGCACAAGAAUCGUCCGGCAGCGGGAAUCUGGAGCAACUUAUAUUGUCACGCAAAAAUCAACGCGAGUCCAACUAUAAUUCGCUGAUGGAUCGACUGCUGGAGAAGUACGGUGGCGAGGAUGAUUCCGAUACAGUUGACUUCAGCGCCCUGGACAAGAAAAGGAAGCUAAAGAAGUCGAAACAAGGGCAAAAGGCUGCAAAGAUAAACGGUGUGAAGAGCGGCCGGGUGGAGAAGCCAAAAGCUUAGACACCCGUUCUAGGCCCCAUAUUUGUAGAUUUAACAUCGCUAAAUUUGUGUAGUUUUAGUUCUAAAUGUAUUUAUAUUAAAAACUUAAUCUCUAAUAUGA